AUGGCGAACCCCUGGUUCCCUUCGAGCAAUGCUUCCGCCCUGUCUCCGUCGCGUUUCACCGCUGGUGAUGGCUCCAUCCCUCCCCUCCCCCCUGACCCUCCUGACCCCGACUUCCCCCCGCUUUCCUCCUCCUCCCCAAAACCUUCUCGUGCUUCUCGUGCUUCUCUGCAAACUGCCAAAUCUAAAGGGCCUGCAGUGAAGCUUCCACCAAUUCUUGCCAUUCCUACUAUUGUAGAGUCCAGCUCAGCUGGAUCUGCCUCUAAUCACUCUAUUGUUUCUGGAUUUGGGCAAUCUAAGUUUGGAUCUGGAAAUACUGUUCCUGCAAACCUUGAAAAAUUUAUAAUUUUUCCUCCUAAACCUUCAUCCCCGAUCCAAACUAAUUCAGCUUCAAAUAUCUCCAUCCCUCCCUCACCUUUCACCAAGCCUCUUCCUACUCGGAACCCCACCAACCCCUCUCCUCCUGUAUCAAACCCUAGGUUCGACAUUCCCCCACCUACUAUCCCUGCUCCUUCUCCAGCAGCUCACUCUGUUCCUGAUGGAUGGAGGAUAAAAAACUACGGCGUCUAG